GGUCGUCUAGCUGCUUCGACAAUGGCUGACAUCUCAGAACCUCGUAAUCCCGCCGAACCCUCAUCUGAAAUUUCGGAAUCCCCCGAAACGCCACCGCAAGUUCCCGCACCGGAUUUCGACCCUAAAACCAUGCGUACCACAAAACCCGGAUUGAAACGCCUCUUCCUCGCCGUCUCAGUCCUUCUCUCCUUCCUUCUAGGUUUCCCGUUCUUGUGGAAAUCAGUGGAAAUCUACCGCUCACCGCUCCCAUUUGAAGACAUGGAUAUGCUUUCCAAGGAAAUUGAAUCGAAUCCCUUGCAAUUCCCAUGCCAGUUCCAAGCCGUUUUCAUCGAUUCCAAUCCUCAAUCUUCUUUCUCUGUUCUCAAUCCACAUCGCAUGCACCAGUCAAUCCUUGCACAAAUGACCAAACUGACCCCACAAACCCCUCAAUGUGGUACUUGCUUUAGUAAUUUCAAUCUCUCUGUCACUGUAGACUUUAUUGGUAGGGAUUGCACCCAAUCUCUCUCUGGUAAUCCAUCUUGCUUGUAUAAAUGUGGUACAAUUUCUGCUGUUGGUUUUGAUUUUGGUGAUGAAGAGGGUGUUGAUGAUGUUUUGGAGUCUGUGUUGGGAGAUCGUUGUUCGGGUUUUGGCGGGAAAGUGUAUAGCGUGCUGGUGGUGAAUCGGGAUGAUGUUAAGGGGGUAAGGACGGUGGUAGGGAAGUAUCGGCAUUCAUGGAUUGUGGGGAGGAACUUGGAAGCUGAGGCAAUGGUGGAGAGAGUGGCAGAGAUAUUUGUGAAGGUGUUUGCCAAUGGAGGCAGGGAGGAAGGAUUGAUUCCUGGGGAGUUUAUGCCCGUAGGUGCUGAUGGAAGGGUUGUUCUAUCCUUUAAUUUGCUCAAUGCAAAUCCACGUGAUUGGAUUUAUGAUUGGGAUUUUCAGACAAUAGAUGAGACUUUGUUGGCCCCUGUGAUUGAAGCAUUAGGACCUAUAGCCAACAUAAGUGUGGAAAGCCAGGUUCUGUACCAUACACCAAAGUCCUCAUUUUCUUCCUGGGAUGAAAAGUUGGGCAGCUAUAUCUUUAGUGUGAACGAUCUUCCUUUCUUUGUGAACUCAAAUGAGUGGCACUUAGAUACUUCUAUUGCAGCUGGUGGGCGAUCAAAGAUAUUGCAAUUUGUGGUGUUUGUGCCAUCUGCAAAGGAAUGCCCUCUUCUUCUACAGCUUCCAAAUGGACAGAUUUCUGCAACAAAUGGUUUUAUCUCUCCAAUGUGGGGAGGUAUUAUGGUGUGGAAUCCAUCAACCUGUUUAAAAGUUUCAGAAGAUAAGCUUCCCAGGAGGCAUAUGAUAUCCACACAGGAUCUUAACAAGGUUUUUGAAGUUUUCAUGGGUCAGUUCCGGCAACUUUUUGGUCUUAAAUCUGAGAGUAUUUAUGUUGGUGCAUAUGGUGAAUACAAUCUAUUAACUAGUGAAAGAGGCUUCACAGAAUGGGAAUUGGAUGUCUUGUCAAGGCAGCAUACUUGUUUUAAUGUUCAUUCAAGUGCCACAACCCUUGGAUCUUUGUCUAGAUUGGUUCAAUCAUUACCAAGGAUGAUUAUCAUGGAUGAGAUAGGAAAGCAGGUGAAGUUCUCUCUGGAAUCAGCAAAAUUGGCUCAAAUUAAUUCCACUAUUGGAUUUUAUGAUGCUUCAGCUGUGUCCUCAAGGCAGGCAAGAUCUUUGGCAGAAGAUGCCUUUUUCCACCCAUCCAUUAUGUCUGUCAGCUACUACUCGUUUGAGCAUUGUUUUGCAGUAUACUCGCCCUUCUUCCUGCCUGUUGCAAUGCAUGUUCUCCUUGCGGCUUUAAGAGAAUGGAGAAGAUACAAGCAAGAAAAUGCCAAGUACUUACUGUGGAAGGCUAAAGUAAAGGUGGUGCCUUAGUUUCCCUGAACAUAAUUUGAAAUGAAGGUGCCAGUAGUUGGAGAAGAUGCUUGAUGACACAGAAGAAGCAAUUUUUGGCCACCAGGGGACUGCAUUUUUGAAAGAUACAUACUUUUGCUAGCUUGUAUACAUUAUUUGAUGUUGUUUCAGAGGACAUCAGAAUUUUCUUGGCAUCAUUGACAGUGGCUGGUUCAUUAUACUGAGGAUUCACGAACUAGUUUUUGGUUCCUUUUGCAGUA